GUUUUAGCAUUAGCCUGCGAACAGUGGUUUCUACUUCACACAUUUUUUAAUUUGGUGAUCCUCUUCUAAGUAUCUGGAAACGCACUGUGGAGCAGAGAAGAAAAGUUGGACCGAGAACAUGUACCCCACUAGUAAUUAAUUUGAAAGAUGAUGCAGAUGAAAAUGAUAUUUUUGUAACUUUAGUAUAUGGCAAUAUAACGUUUAAUAUAACCUGCACGUUAAAUUUAACGUUAGUGUCAAAAAACGUUACAUGAACGUGAUGUAUGAUGUGUUGCCUAUUAUGACGCUGAUAAUUUCAUACAAAAAACAAAGAUGGUUGUCAGCACUGUUUAACACCAUGACGUUCUCGAAUUUGUCAACGGCGUUGGCAACAGUGACUGUCGAUGGGGUUCAUAUUUGGGUGUACCAUUUUUUCAGAUUUUACCCGAUAAAUUAAGCUGUCGCCGAAAAUACGAGCAAACAUUAAAGAAGGAUGUACGUGCAUGAUGUAAUUGUGAAAUUAGUGCGUUCAGUUUAUUAAUUACGAUGUCAUCAACAAGAAGAUAGGACAAGUGCUGCACUAGAACCUAAAUAAGAUGCCUCUACCUAAACGAGGAAUUGAACCUGUGCACGUAUCAAGGGGAACUUUUCCAGAUGAUUUCCCACUACCUUCGGAAUUGGAAGCUGUGACCAACGGAACGUUAGCAAAUACUGUACGUCAAUUAUCUUCGUUAUCUCGACAUGCCGAGGACAUUUUUGGAGAAUUGGCUCGUGAUGCUCAGCAGUUAUACGAUAGGUCGAAUUCUCUACAAGCUAGGAUAGACAGAUUAGCAAUAAAAGUAACACAAUUGGACAGUACGGGGGAGGAAGUGUCUUUACAAGAUAUUCACAUGCGAAAAGCGUUCAAAAGUGCCGUUGUUUUCGAUCAGCAAAUAUUUUCGAGGUCCACCAUGCCCACUGCGAUGUUAGAGACGUAUCAAUCGUGCGACAGACCUCCUCCGUUAGAUAAAUUGAAUUGUUAUCGAGACGACGGUAAGGAUGGGUUGAAAUUCUAUACAGAUCCCAACUAUUUCUUCGAACUGUGGCGACAAGAAAUGUUGAAAGAUACCGAACGAAUGAUGCACGAUAAGGGUAAAAAGCCUCAUCGGCCUAGGAACGAAGGCGGGCAAGGUGGACGGCACAAGAAACGUGUCCGACAACCCCACAAUACCCGAGAACGACAGCGCCAAAUUGCAGUGGGUCACGGAGAGUACAUCAUGCCUCAGGCAAUACCGUAUAAUGCUCCACCGCAACAAUACGACGAUAAUUUAAUAAUGGAUAGACGCCCUCCACGGCCCAAUUCCAUAGAAUUGCGUCGGUCAUAUCAGCAGGAGUUACCAGAUGGCAUGUAUGAAGAAAAUCCCUACCAACCCGACAUCUACAAUACUCAAAAUAUGCAAAAUCCCGAACAGUACUAUCAGACAAGUACACCUACACGUGGCGGAAAAAUUAGGCCUAGUCAACCUCCACCAGCACCCCCCAGCAACACGUCCACCCCAACAGCAAAUACCCCAACACGAGGCCGAAGCAUGUCCGCUGGACGGGAUGCGCUACCACCACCGCCUCCGCCUCCAGAAACUGCUGUGUCGCCACCUAACGGAAUUGCGCAGCACAUCAUAUCCCGCCAGCAAAGCAACUCACGAUCCAAUAGUCCUCAUUCGCACCAAAUUACUCCGGAACCAUCCCAAGAUCUUCCCCCACCGCCUCCAAUACCCAAACAAGCCUCUCCCCCCAAACAGGCCACUCCAGUUCAAGCACCACCACCGCCACCUCCACCCCCAAUGCCGCUAAUAACAAAUGGUCCGCUAAGCCCUCCGCUAAUGAAUGGCGAUCUCUCGAAAAUAAUGAGCUCGUCGCCUCCCAAACUGACACCGAUCAAAGAUCGUCCCAUCUCCAAGCAAGCGCCGCCGCCGAUGAUCGAUCCGAGAAACGAUCUGCUAAAAGCGAUUCGCGACGGCAUCAAGCUACGCAAAGUGGAGAAGAUCGAGCAAAAGGAGGUCGAACGAGGGAAUGGCCUCCACGACGUCGCCAGCAUUUUAGCUCGGCGAGUCGCGGUCGAGUUCAGUGAUUCAGAUUCGGCGAGCGAGUCCGAAUGUGAUAGUGAGGGAUGGGGCGAGAACGAGACGUCGGCGUGACAUCAGCGUAAGGCUAGCUCGGCUAGCCAAAUUUAUUAACAACGAAAUGCUUAAGAUCGAGUUUAUUUAUUUAUUUUACCGCUGGAUCUUAUUCCAGAAAAAACCAAAAACACUCCCCCAAGUAUAUGUAAACACACAACUUUUCCAAAAAAAAAUGAGUAUUAGAAGAAGUGUAAUCUCGUUAUGUUUGUAGCGCAUUUAUACUUUUUUAGCAAUUUGUAUGUCUGUACGGCUUUUGACGAUUCCCCAUUUAGUAAUAAAGGUCGCAGUGGUACGUGUGCAUCUUUUAAAGUGAGAGCAAAUCAGGAGCUUUGCAGAGAGGAUGUAUUUGUACAAGGAAUUGAUUAGGUAGAUUUUUACGAUCGAGUAUAGGAACAAUAAGCGCGUUUUAAAUAAUUGCCCCAACUGAGUCCCGAUGGGUCUAAUGUAUAGAUGUAUCAAAUAUAUUUAAUAUUAUGCUGUAGUGUACCUUAUAUUAUAUUGACUAAAUAAAUCAUUGCUAU